AUGAGUAGAUAACAAGCCAAGCCUUCUGUUAAAACGUAAACGAAAACCAAACUCAAAACCUAGGGUUUUAGAUUUUCUUCCCCACUGCUCAUCAAUGGCGAAGUCCGCCAAGAAACCCAAAGGAAAAAAACCACCAGAAGAAUCCAACACCCUUACGGCUUCUAAUUCGAAACCCGAUCGAUCUAACUCGGAAAACCUAAAUGUUACUACUGCUCCUGAAUCGGAUUCUAAUGUUUUCAGUUCUCUGUUCGGAGAAAUUCCUGAAGAAAACUCUACUAAUUUGUCAAUCUUUUCCAACAAUAAUCCGUUCAGAAGAAAACCCGGUAACCCAUCUUCCGAAAGACCGAUCGAUGGCCGAAAUGUGCAAACGGGUUUAGCUUUGGAGAACCCUAAUGGAGAAAAAGCUGGGAAUUUUGAGAAUUCUGAUGGGCCUGCUGAGCUGAAAAAGAGGAAGUGGAAGGAAGAAAAGAAAGGGGAUAUUGAGGAAGAAGAGGAAGAAGAACUUGGAAGGAAAAAAUUGAAGAGGGUCGGGGGAAAUGGCGGAAAAACGAAGGACAAAAUGGAGGAAAAUGGCGUUACUGUAUCCACUGCUAUUAAUGGGGGACUCAUGGACGAUGGAAAUGCGGUUAAUGAGGAGAAAAAGGGAAAGAAGAAGAAGAGGAAGAGGGAUGAGGUGGAAGCUGAGUAUGAGGCGAAAAGAUAUGGAGUUGAGGAGGAGGGAAGAAAAGAGGAGAGAGGUGGGCUUGUCGGGGUGAAGAGGAAAGAAAUGGAUAGCUUGGAAGAUGUUAUGGUUUCUAAGGAGGGGUUUGAUGACGAGAUUAAGCUUCUGAGGACUGUGUUUGUGGGGAAUUUGCCAUUGAAGAUAAAGAAAAAGGUGUUGAUUAGGGAAUUUGGGAAGUUUGGUGAGGUCGAGUCUGUGAGGAUCCGCUCUGUUCCUUUAAACGAUAGUAAAAUUCCUAGGAAGGGUGCAAUAAUGAAGAAGCAAAUUAAUGAAACUGCUGACAGUGUUCAUGCUUAUGUAGUUUUUAAAACAGAGGAAUCUGCUCAGGCUUCUUUGGCCCAUAAUAUGGCAGUGGUUAGCGGUAAUCAUAUCCGUGUAGAUAGGGCAUGUCCUCCGCGCAAGAAGCUGAAGGGGGAUAAUGCUCCCUUGUAUGAUAACAAGAGGACUGUCUUUGUUGGUAACCUCCCAUUUGACGUAAAAGAUGAGGAGUUGUAUCAGUUGUUCAGUAGCAUUAAAGAUUUGGAAUCCAGCAUUGAGGCAAUUCGUAUUGUUAGAGAUCCUGGUACAAGCUUAGGAAAAGGCAUUGCUUACAUGUUGUUCAAAACAAAGGAUGCUGCAGACAUGGUAAUUAGAAGACGUAACUUGAAGCUUCGGGAUCGUGAUUUGAGGCUUUAUCAUGCCAAAGCAGAGACCACUCUUUCAAAGAGAAAAAGUCCCUUGCCAACAAAUACUACUCCAGCUAAAAAGUUUGGAGGAAAAACCAAAUUUGCUAGCCUUGAAAAUAAGACAACUUCAAAGGCAGCCUUUUCGUACCAGGGUCUACGGGCAAGCAAGUCCGGCAUCCAGAAGAAAACCCAUCGACCAGCAGCAAAUCCUCAGAAAGUGCCUAUGCAAAAAGAACGCCAGCAAAAGAGACCUGCUGUGGCAGCUAGAAAGGCUAAACAAGCAGGAAUUAAGCGCAAAUUUGACAAGCAAACUCCUGAUAGCAUUCACCAGAAGAAGAAAGCCAGGAGAUUUACAUGAGAUUUAAACUGGAUCAAAUCUCAAUGAGCUGUAGAAUUAACAUAGCUAGUAUACGGUCAAUUAGUUGUCCCCAGACACUUUAGAAAUCGUUGGCAGCUCUUGUUAAGUGAUUUGUUCUGAUAUUUGUUCAGCAGGUCUGCUGGCUUUUAUACCAAAAGGACUUGACGUCAAGAAGUAUUUAUUGACUCUAGUGUUGUUUGUCUCUGUAAAAUUAUCUCAAAUGGUACUUCUAUGAAAAAAAGAGCAUUGGUCUUAUUUCUCCUUCCACUUAAUUGGAUUUAGCAUUUUGUAGCGCUCUGCUCA